AUGAGUUUCCAAAAUUACGACAACUUUCCCCAACAGGGUCAGCAAGGAGAUGGUGGAGCUGGCCCCGGCGGUCCCCCACAACAAGACCAGAACAUGGGCGGGCAGAUGCCUCCCAACUCUGCUGGUGGUUUCCAAGGUGGUAACGGCGGUGAUCCCGGAUCCGCAGGUGGACAGUCGCAAGGAGGCGAUGCGAAGACGACCUUAUGGAUGGGCGAGCUUGAGCCCUGGAUCGACGAGAACUUUGUACGGACAGUUUGGUACAACAUGGGCGAGCAAGUCAAUGUGAAGAUGAUUCGUGACAAGUUCUCUGGUAAUGCUGGCUACUGUUUUAUCGAUUUUCAGAGCGCUGAGGCUGCCGCCAAGGCCUUGACUCUCAACGGUACCAUCAUUCCCAACUCCAACCGUCCAUUCAAGCUGAAUUGGGCAUCUGGCGGUGGUCUGGCUGACCGAAGCCGCGACGAGCGUGGCCCAGAGCACUCAAUUUUUGUUGGCGAUCUCGGGCCGGAGGUCAAUGAAUACGUCUUGGUUUCUCUCUUCCAAAAUCGCUUCCCAUCAUGCAAAUCCGCCAAGAUCAUGACAGACCCAAUCAGCGGAAUGUCCCGCGGCUACGGUUUUGUUCGCUUCUCAGACGAGGGUGACCAACAGCGCGCAUUGCAAGAAAUGCAAGGGGUCUACUGCGGCAACCGACCCAUGCGCAUCUCCACAGCAACACCAAAGAACAAGACCGGUGGUGGAGGGCCAGGAGGUAUGGGCAUGCCAGGUCCAGGUGGCCCAGGAGGCGCACCAGUAGGCGGCAUGAACUACAUGGGAAAUCCUCCUGUCGGAUACUACGGCCAGCCUCAGCCAAUGAACCAGUUCACCGACCCGAACAACACCACAGUCUUCGUUGGAGGGCUUUCUGGAUAUGUCACGGAGGACGAGCUCCGCUCUUUUUUCCAAGGUUUCGGAGAGAUCACCUACGUCAAGAUUCCUCCUGGGAAGGGCUGCGGUUUCGUUCAAUUUGUCCAGCGUCACGCAGCAGAGAUGGCCAUUAAUCAGAUGCAAGGCUAUCCCAUUGGCAACUCACGGGUCCGUCUCAGCUGGGGACGUAGCCAGAACAAUUCUGGUCCUGCCGGCACUCCAUACCGUCCUGCCCCUCCUCCACCUGUGUACCCAUCUAUGGGAAUGCCUCCUUCUCACCCUUACGGCAAUUUCGCUCCAAUGAAGAGUACUGCACUUCCCAACGCAGCUCACAUGCACCCACCUCAUAGCCCUGGCAGAGGCCCUCCGCAAGGUCCCCCCGGAGCCCUCUCGCCCGGCGCUCCUGGUCCGGCAGAUCCUAUCCCAGUCAACCAGCUUAACGACAUGUACAUGCAGCAGCAACAGGACGUCAGCAACCGCCUUGAAGCAGAUGGCAGGGGGGCGGAGUGCAAGGAGAGACGAGAAGGCGGAGGCAAUUUCCUUGUAUCAUUAGGCAUCUUAAGCAUGGCUGGCAGCGACAUGCCGGAGGUUGCAGAUCACGAACCUAAUGCGUGGCAGGUGCAGCCUGCUCGUAACAUCUACCUCAAGAGGAUCGCAGCAAUGAGGUACCAAAAUUGGGACGUCCUCAUCUUCCCUCUGGUUGGAGACUCGAAGACUCCACUGCAGGAGUUUGGGACCACUUGUACCGUCAAUCAAGACCCUGACGUCGUUCCCUUCCAAAGCCCUUCUGCUCAUCCAGCCUACUUGGCCGUCGUGAGGGCCCCGUUGCCGACUGUCUCAUGCUUUAUACCUAGUCUCCCGCCUGGGUCCCCAUUUCGAGUGUCGUUACAUAGCUGGUCCACACCAACGGUUAGCCGUGGGAGUGUGGCUAGAGCUCCUCAACAGAGCAUGGUGGGGUUCGAGGCUAAGGUCGUGCUUGAUGGCGUCUGCAUUGCGUUUGUCACAGUGCUUCUCGUUUUGCUCCCUACUAUGAGUUGGCUGACGGACGAUGGCAGAGGUGCCUUGUUGAAUAAGGAUCCUCCUUGGCCUCAGAUGAUUGAUAUAUGCUCUCACACGGACAAAGAUGGCAACCACGACCAGCUUCGAUUCCCUCCAUUCCAUACAGAGGUACUGACGCAGACUUGGGCCAGUCCUGCUCAGGACAUGGGAAGAAUCAAGAUCGUCAUCACUGAAGGGAUCAACCAUGGGCCAGGAGUGUCCGCGUUUGAGAGAACAAAGAACCUAGUCUCGUUCUCUUUUCAGCAUGCUCCUUUACAUAUACUGGAGAAUUGUGGCAUCGCUUGGCCAAACCAAGGAUUGUACUUUCAGGCUGCACAGCAAUUCCACCACGUAUCGUCGCCUCACACGCAAGCAGCAGAUCCGGAUAUGCAUGCCCAUUCUCCACGCCGCCGAAAUGCAUCAAUGGUCAGUGCAGGUGCAAAGCUCAAUCCAGCAAUAGGCCCAUUACCGAAUCCGGUACCCGGAUUUCGUCCUCUUGGACUCCACAAUGAUGAUCCUUUCCGUUCCCAGCAUGGCCCAACGCCUGGACCGUUCACUGGUGCAGCCAAUCUCUACAAUUACCGAAACCCAUGGAGCAGUAAUACUACGACCUCAGGUGAUAUUUCUAUGAAAGACCGGUCUCGCUCUACUUCAGACAGCUAUGACGAACCGAUGCCAGAUGUCACUCGUCCUCCGUCACCGGCGAAUAGCCGCCGCAGCCAUCCUAUGCCCGACUACUCUCGCCCUCACUCACUAGCAAGCAGUCGCCAGGUCUCCUGGUAUACAGGUGAAGAUUCGGGUGCAAUGAGAGUUUCUCACCUUGGCUACGUGGAGGAAAAUGCGGAAAUCGACGAGCAAGUGAGCGAAAGCCUAUUCAGUGACUUGAUGACUCGGUUGAGUCCCCGAGAAUUCUCAGCCAACAGCGGCAUUUCUGCUCCAUCAAAUACCAGAGUCAACAGUGCAGCCAACACACCCCCAGGAAAAUCUUCAAUGGCGGCGGAGCUUAGAGGCGUCUCGUAUGCCGGCAUGCCUCGUUCCGUGUCUGUCACAACACGAGACCCUCCACCCUCAUUCAAUACACGUGUAGCAUCGAAUAACAGCAUCAACCCUGGCUUUGACAACCCCACGUCAGCUUCUCGCCAGUCAGAGAUCAACGAUGCAAUCGCCGAAGAAACUGAGGACAGAACCAACAAAAGGCCUGUUGGAAGGCCCGCAGGGAACGUGAAAAGCAGGAAGGAAGGCCGGACCAGCGAGAUGGGCCUUGAAGUACCGAGUAUCAAAUCUCAAAGACGAGCAUCUGCGCCUUCCGCUAGUGCUCUAGGCAAAGAGAACAGUGGAAGCGCCAAUGGUGAGAAGUCCGGCGAGGGGAAGCGGAAAAGAACGACCAAAGUUGCUGCGUCGAAGGGCAAUUUGAAGGGUGGACUUGACAAUCCAGACAGCUCUCCAACGAGGAAGGUCUCAAAGCUGAGUCCAGGAGAUACAAUGCACCCCGAAAAUGAGAUCGAGUACGCAAUUCCCCCCGACUUGACGGAAGAAGGGGUUGUCAUGAGGGUCCCGCUAGGAGAACUCGACAACAUCAUGUGA